GAGAUCCAAGUUUUGAGUGCUGAAGACCGCGAGACCUGGGCCAUGACUACUACAGCAUGUCCUCAGUGUGCGAACCCAGAGAUGAGAUUUAGAGAUGUGCAGUUGAGAGGCGCGGAUGAGGGUAGUACGAUCUUCUACAGGUGCCCGGCUUGUGAUUAUAAGUUUAAUACCAACAACUAAGGAGAGAUGGUGAUGGAUAUGUUGAGGGUGAAUGUUGUGGAAGAAGUUACAUUGGAGAGGAGUCCAAAAGAGAUUGCUAGUUUGAUACCCACGUUAACACUUUUGUUUACCAAAUCCCUUCUAAUCAGUAGCAUCUUCUCCCGCAAAAAGCUGCCUCGUCCAGCUUUCCGGAAUCCUUGUUGCGCUUUCACUGGUUGUUCGCGUCUCUUACAAGUUCUUUGCACCUUUCACUGGCUCCUCGUCCUUGAUCUAAGUCAAGACUCUCAACUUGGCUCCGUACCUCUCUCUGAUCACAGCUCACUCGAGCUACCUCUCAUUUCUAGCUGCUCUCACAUCACAUCACAACAUAACAGUUUACAACGCAACACAUCACAACAAAGCAUCACUCUCGAUCAUCAACACGCAGUACAACACUGCACUGCACUGCAUUGCGCCACUUCCAAUCAUCACAGCACAACAGUCAGUCUCUUACAUCAAUCGGCUACAACGCUCUUGCGCCACCACUUCCUUACCUGAACCAUGAACAUGAAUAACCUGUGUGCUGUCUGCCCGCGCCCAGGCAAGCUCUGCUCUGGCUGCAAGAACAUACGCUACUGCUCUCAC